GCUUAUAAACCCACCUCCCCUGCUUUCAUCUCCUCUCACAGGAACUUCUUAAAAAAUAAGAACUUUCCCCUGUUUUCUCCUCUUGGGCUCUCCUCUCUACGCAGUAGCAAGCAGCAAUACUUCAUCUUCAUCAACAGCCUCAUUUGGGUUUUUCUUUAACUUCCUUCGCCUGCUCGCUCUCUUUAUUUCUGAGUAUUGAUCAGCAAGUGAUUUUAAGAGAUGGGCUGCUCGGGAUUUGACACUUGUGGUAUCCGAUUCUUUUUCUACUUCAGUCGGAUUGGCUAUUAAAUUCCAGACCAGAUUCUCGAUUUCGGUCUUGAUAAAUAUUUUUAGAAUCUUUUGACCAAAUUAGGAUCUGGGUUUUAUUUGUCUAUUUGUUUUUUUGUUGCGCUUGAUUCCUAUCUGUUCUUAUCUCAAUUUUCUUGGUGACCCAUCUCGAAAUUCUCCAUCAUUCAUUUGCUUAUAUAGUCUUUAGAGAGAGCGAGCAGGUUAGUUAUAUUUUCCAUAAUGGCUGCGGCUAAAAACAGCACAGGAAAAUCCAAGAAGGGUGUUGAUGAAACUCAGAGAUUGACGAGGCAAGAUUGGGAGCUUGACAGGGGCAAGAAGGAAGCUGACCUUAGCUUACCUGAAAGGCAGCAAUGGAAGCCAGUUUUUGGUGAAGCUUCCAUGGCAGAAAGACCUCCCAAGAAGAUCCGCAGCCCUGAACGCCAAGACCCAAUUCAAUUCUCUGCAUUUUCAGCACAUCAAUCCGUACCUUCUUUCUCUGUUUCUCCUAGCUUUGCCUCAGCUCUUUCUUUACAUCCACCUUCUUCUUCUGUCUCGUCUUCUAGUUCAAGACUUCUAUUUCCCUUUUCUUUUGAAGGGUGUAAUCAACCUAUGCAAUUCUCUCACCAGUUUAGAACAAACCCAUCUUUGCAUUAUUUUCGUUCACCACCUCAAGUGGCACAAAAUCAACAACAAAUGAUUUCUUUUGCUCAAAACCAGCAGCAAGGCAUCGGUUAUCCGCCAUUUUUUGCCGAGGAAUCUGCAUUGGCGGCGCAGCAACAGCUGUUUCAGUACUGGAGUAAUGCAUUGAACUUAAGUCCAAGAGGAAGGAUGAUGAUGAUGAAUAGGCUGGGGCCAGAUGGUAGGCCAUUGUUUAGGCCACCGGUUCAGCCUAUAAACACAACAAAGCUUUACAGGGGAGUGAGGCAAAGGCAUUGGGGGAAAUGGGUAGCCGAGAUUCGUCUCCCUCGCAAUAGGACUCGCCUUUGGCUAGGCACCUUUGACACAGCUGAAGAAGCUGCCUUGGCUUAUGAUCGCGAGGCUUUCAAGUUGAGAGGAGAGAAUGCAAGGCUGAAUUUCCCUGAACUUUUCCUCAAUAAGGAUAAAGAAAUCUCCAUUGUUCCAACUUCUACAGUUUCGUCUCCGCCAACUCCCAAUCAAAGUUCAUCACCAAAACAAACUCAAGAAACCCUUGACUUGCAGGCUUCAAGCAUGGAAAUUAUGCCACCACCACCUCCAGUGCCGGCCCCGUCACAACAGCCUCAAGGAGACAAUCCUGACAAUGAUUCAGGAAUGGGUUCAAGUGGGGCUACAGUGAGUGAUGAGGUUCAGGCGGUAGCAGAGGGAUGCAGUGGAGCAGAAGGCGUUUCCGGGUCUCAAGAAUUGGUAUGGGGAGACAUGGCAGAAGCUUGGUUCAAUGCAAUUCCAGCAGGAUGGGGACCGGGAAGUCCAGUGUGGGAUGAUUUGGACACCACUAAUAAUCUGUUAUUGCAAUCACACAUUCCUUUUGGCAAUCCAAAUCAACAACAGUUUAAUGAUUCUUCUGACUUGCAGAGACAACAGCACAACGUGGAUUCAGCUUCUUCUUCUUCCUCCUCCUCGUCUUUUCCCAUGAAGCCCUUCUUUUGGAAGGAUCAAGACUGAUUGGUCUCAUCUCCAGAAGUGAUUUUUUAAGGAAACCAAACUGUGACUCUUUAACCCUGCCAUAUAUGCUUAGGAGAAUUUCAUCUUCAAGCCCAUCACUUAUCAGGUUGCAGAUUUUUCACAAACAACCUAUGACUUCCCUUGGAGCUUGAUUACUUUUUCCUAUGAGGAUGUCCAAAGCUUCAAAUCCACUUCCUUUUACUGUUUUCUUUGUUUUACAACUCUUUUUCAUUUAGAAGUUUCAUAAUUCUCUCUCUCUCUCUCUGUCUCUUUAAGUUUUUCCUUCAAAUUCUUCCUUCACAGCAUCUGCUCCAAAAGGCUGCAUAUUAACCAGGCCUUGAAAAUUUAGCUCCAUGCUUUAUAGGUCAUGAACUUCCAUUUCUAGCAAGUUAUUUUUUUUUUAUGUUAUUUUCUUGGCUGUUUAUGUUAUCCUGGGGAUAUAGCAGCAGCAAUGUUAGUAAAAUUAGUAGCGCAGGACCAGCGUAGUAGGAGACAGUUUUGUGAUCUCCCUCUCAAUUGGUCUAUCUACCCAUCAGAAGCUUUAUUUUUCCGCUUGGAGGGUGGAAUCAUCUAUUGGUUAUCUUUGUACAUUGACGGAGUUUGUUAUGAUCUCACCUUUGUAAUGUUAUGUUAUGUUAUGUCUCUCUUUUCAUCAACAGUAUCAUAAUCCUAGAUUGAGCAA